UCCCGGGCCCCGGCAGCCAGGCCGCGGCUCCCCCCGGCGGCGCUCGCUCUGCCCAGCCCGGAGCGGGAGCGGAGCUCGGGUUCGGGUCCGGAUCCCGCCGCCCGGCCAGCAGCGCUCCUCGGGCCGCCCCCGGGCCGCGGUGAGGGGCGAGCUCCGGGCCGGGACAAAGGGCCAUGGCCGAGCGGGCCGCUGCCCAGGCUCCAGAAUGGGACAUGGAGCCCCAGCACUGGCCUCUUUCACAGCCCCAUGCUUUCCCCCGCCGGACGUCUGAGAGAGAAACCCCGCUGCACGCUGCGGAGAUCUCCCUGAGUCUAGUGGCUGCCAUUCAAGCUGUGGAGAGAAAAGUUGAUGCUCACGCCAUCCGGUUGCUGAAUCUGGAAGGGAGAACAGGGACGACGGAGAAGAAAUUGAUAGGCUGUGAGAAAACCGUGGUGGAGUUCGGGAACCAGCUGGAGAGUAAGUGGGCCGUGCUGGAGACUCUGAUCCAGGAGUACGGGGUACUGCAGAGGAGGCUGGAGAACAUGGAGAACCUGCUGAAGAACAGGAACUUCUGGGUCCUGAGGCUCCCCCCAGGCACUAAGGGGGACGUCCCCAAGGUCCCAGUGCCGUUCGAUGACGUCUCCGUCUAUUUCUCCGAGCAGGAGUGGGAGAACUUAGACGGAGGGCAGAAGGAGCUGUACAAGAACGUGAUGAAGGGGAACUACGAGACCCUGAUCUCGCUGGACUACGCCGUCUCCAAACCCGACGUCGUGUCCCAGAUAGAGCAGGGGGAGGAGCCGUGUGUCAGAGAUCGGGAGGACUCCGAGAGCAGAGAGAUCCCUCCAGAGCCCUGCUCGGCAGAUAGCAGGGUGGUGGUCAAAGUGGAGGAGGAGAGCCCUGAGGAGGAGCCGGAGCACCUGGAGCUACAAAGGACGUUGCCAGAAAUGGAGGUUUUCCAGUGUCUGGAACAGGGAACGACCCAUGAGGAGAGUCUGUGCAGCCCUGAGAGGGAGCCCGCGGACCUGCCCGGAAACGGCCUGGAGAAGCCGACUCGGUGCGGGACAGACCCCCAGGAGCUCCAGCCGUUGCUUGUUCACCUGCAGAGCCCCGCGGCAGCCAGGUUGUUCGUCUGCGCCGAGUGUGGGAAGACCUUCCGCAGCCGGCAGCAUCUCACCCUGCAUCAGAGGGACCACACGGGAGCAGGGGCCUGCCUGCCGCAGUCCAGGGAGAGCUUUGCCCUGAAACCCAGCCCCAAACCCCACCCCGGAGCCCAGGCGGGAGGCAAACCCUACAAGUGCUCCGAGUGCGAGCGCAGCUUCUGCCACAAGUCCAGCCUGCGGAAGCACCACCUGGCGCACACCGGGGAGCGGCCCUACACCUGCGCCGAGUGCCGGAAGAGCUUCAAGCAGAGGGUGAGCCUGGUGCUGCACCAGCGGAUCCACUCGGGGAGGAGCGAAGGCUCCUUCAUCUGCACGCAGUGCGGCAAGUACUUCAGCCACCACUCCAACCUGACACGGCACCUGCGCAUCCACACGGGGGAGCGGCCCUACAAGUGCACCGAGUGCGAGAAGAGCUUCACGCGCAACCAGUACCUGGUGGAGCACCAGCGCAUGCACGCGGGCGAGCGCCCCUAUCACUGCGCCGAGUGCGGCAAGAGCUUCCGCUACAAGCGCUCGCUCUACUACCACCAGAACAUCCACCCCGGGAAGGGCUUCCCUGGGCUGGGGCCAGGGCCGGGCCACGUGGGGCUGCCCCCUAGAGCCUUCGGGGCUGCGGGCUGGGCCCAGGGAGGCGAGUGGUCAGCGACUGGGGGCGGCCCUGCCCCGGAGAGCGCCCGGCGCCGCGAUCCCCGCCGCCAGGGGCCGCUGCCGCCCCGUUCCGCUCCUCCCCGCCCCGCCGCUCCCGGGCCCCGGCAGCCAGGCCGCGGCUCCCCCCGGCGGCGCUCGCUCUGCUCCGCCCGGCAGCGGGGCCGGCCCGUGGCGAGGCGAGGCGAGGCGGCGCCGGGACUCUGCCCAGCCCGGAGCGGGAGCGGAGCUCGGCCGGGCCGGGCCGGGCCCGCUGGAGAAGCCCCGCCCGGGGGGGCCAUGGCCGAGCGGGCCGCUGCCCAGGCUCGGGAAUGGGACAUGGAGUCCCUGCACUCGGCUCCUCUGCAACCCCACGUUGUCCCCAAGCGAAGGGCUGUGGGAGAAACCCAGCUGCAAACGGCAGAGAUCUCCCUGUGGACUGUAGUGGCUGCCAUUCAAGCUGUGGAGAGGAAGGUGGAUUCCCAUGCCACGCAGUUACUGAGUCUGGAGGGCAGAACAGGGACAGCAGAGAAGAAAAUAUCUGACACAGAGAAAGGAAUGAUGGAGUUUAGUAACCAACUGGCUGUGCUGGGAUCUCUGAUCCAGGAAUAUGGACUGAUGCAGAGGAGGCUGGAGAACAUGGAGAACCUGCUGAAGAACAGGAACUUCUGGAUCCUGAGACUCCCCCCAGGCACAAAGGGAGAAGUCCCCAAGGUGCCAGUGACGUUCGAUGAUGUUUCCGUCUAUUUCUCUGAGCAGGAGUGGGGGAAAUUGGAUGAUUGUCAGAAAGACCUUUACAAGAACGUGAUGAAAGGCAACUAUGAAUCAUUGAUCUCACUGGACUACGCCAUCUCCAAACCUGACCUUCUGUCCCGGAUUGAACGGGGGGAGGAGCCAUGGGAGGGGACUCAGGAGGACUCCGGGGAGAGCGUGAUCCCAAUGGAGCCUAGCACAGAAUCGCUGAGCCUUACUCAUGACAUUGUAUCGUGGGUAAAACAAGACGACUUGUACAUCAGGGAUCAGUGGGACUCAGAGGAGAGAGAGAUCUCUACAGAGCCCAACACAGCAGAUGACGAGGUUGUAGUCAAAGCUGAGGAGGGAAUCCCGGUGAGCCUGGAGUUGUACAGCACGUUGCCUGGACGACUAGAAGAGACUGUUUUCCAGUACCCUGAGCAGGAACCGAUCUGUGAUGAUCAGGGCAACGUCAGCAUCCAGGGAGAAUACCCUGAUGGGAACAGACUGGGGGACUCGGCUGCAGGCGAGGGAGACUUCAGUAACUUCACCACAAUCAUUGUCCAAGAGGAGAGCCUCCCAGGAGAGGCACCGUACAUCUGUUCUGAAUGUGGGAAAAGCUUCCUCUACGAGCAGCAGUGCGUACUGCACCAGAGGAUUCAUGGCAGAGCCCACACGCCUCCUGAGCGCAGGGAGAGCUUCAAGCAAAACCACUGUCUCAAAUCCUGCCCACAGAGCCAGCCGGGGGAGAGACUCUAUAACUGCCCUGAGUGCGAACGGAGCUUCCCUCACAAGUCGAGCCUCAGCAAACAUCAGCUCUCCCACACGGGGGACCGGCCGUACACCUGUGCUGAGUGCAAGAAGAGCUUCCGGUUGAAGAUCAACCUCAUGAUACACCAGAGGAGUCACGCGGGGAAGAGCCGGGGCUUGUAUAUCUGCAAUGAAUGUGGGAGGGGCUUUAACCACCAUUCGAACUUCAUUAGGCACCAGAUGAUCCACACUGGGGAGAGACCCUAUGGCUGCACCGAGUGUGGGAAAACCUUCAUGCGAAAGGAGCACCUCCUGACCCACCGGCGCCUGCACACGGGAGAGCGGCCCUACCAGUGCACCGAGUGCCGGAAGAGCUUCACCCGCAAGCAGCAUCUGGUGGGACACCAACGCAUCCACACGGGGGAGAAACUCUGGGGGACGCUGGCAGCACAGAGACGCUUGCACGACUUGCCAGGCAAAGCGCACAGGGGAGAGCCUGUGUCGCUGCACUCGAUGCACAAGGAGUUCCCCCCGUAGAUGCUGUGUUAAAUGCUACCAGGGAGCUCUGGCUGGGGACAAUGAUCAUGAUGGCAUCUGAGCAAGGGAGUGAGACCAAGUCUCUGGGUGUUGAACAGAGAACUAAGUGUCAGCGGGAUGAUCUGUGGAGAGGUCUAGGCUGCUGCUUUGUUAACAGUUGAGUCCAUUCCCACUAUGGCAAAAAAACAGCUAGGCAGCCUCAGUGCUCCAUGGGAAGCUUGUUGUUCUUUUCCUGUGUUUCUCUCUUGCUAAUUCAUUACACUAAAGGUAGUUGCAUCUUUCUUAAA